CCUGUUGGGGGAAUGUGUGCACAGGCUGAUGUCAUUCCUUUCACUUUCUCCUUGGUCCCAAAUGGAGAGAAACCAGAGCAACUGAACAUAGAGCAGUUUCCUCAUAAGAGAUGAUGGGCUAGGAAGGAUGCAGAAAAUGGCUUUCCAGAUUAACUUUCCAGGUUUGAAGAGACUGGAGAUGAAGCUCCUUUUCCAGCAUGCAGACUGGAGCAACAGCCCCAGUGACUAUACAACGAGGCUGGGUUAAAGCUCCUCCCACUACAUGCUGAAACUUGUAAAGCCCGGUACACCGAGACCACAAAUCAAGAUUACAACGCGGAGGUAGAGAAGGACAGAAUAGAUGCACAAGAUAAGGAACUGCAGCUGGCUUAAUAAUGAAGGUGGCUAUCAGUCCAGCUCUCAAAGAUGUACUAAUGGUGGAAAUGUGUUGUAAGUCUGUCAAAUAUGACUGAUUUCAAAGAUCAUUCUGGACAAAGUACACUCCCUCCCCAAUGAGCUGCAUCAUCAAUUUUCUACAAAUAAGGUACUGGGACACAAAAUGAAUGAGACAUGUGGAGAAGAAGAUGAUCUAAGGCAGUACCAGCACUUCAUCUACGCCCUGAUCUACUCCAUAAUCCUGGUGCCAGGCCUGAUUGGCAACGUAUUGGCACUCUGGGUGUUUCGCGUCUAUGUGAGGGAGACCAAGAAGGCUGUCAUCUUCAUGAUCAACUUAGCUGCUGCCGACUUGCUUCAGGUGCUGUCGCUCCCUCUCAGAAUCUACUACUACCUGAAUGACUCUUGGCCCUUUGGGCAAUUCCUCUGCAUGUUUUGUUUCUACCUGAAGUAUGUCAACAUGUACGCCAGCAUCUACUUCCUGGCCUGCAUCAGCCUGCGCCGCUGUAGACUAAUCCACCACCCUCUGCGCUACUGCAGCAACAAGCAGCGCUUCGACAGGGGACUCUGUGCAGCUGGCUGGCUCCUGGUCUGCCUGGGCUGUCUGCCCUUCCCCCUGAUGCGCCGAGGUCCAGACGAGCCGCUUUGCUUCUCCGAGCUGCCACUGGCGGAUGUGACAAAGGCAGCUGGCAUCACUCUGAUCGUACUGGCAGAGAUCCUGGGCUUCUUGCUUCCGCUAGCCGUGAUUCUCUCCUGCUCCUGGCGAACGGUGGCCAGCCUGUGUGAGAAGACAGCCGUGCUGCACGACAGGGGUGAGAAACGGAAGGCUCUGAAAAUGGUCCUGAGCUGCACGGCAGUCUUCUUGGUAUGCUUUGCCCCCUAUCACCUCACCUUCCCCUUCCACUUCCUGGUCAAGUCUAGGUCCGAGGUCAGCUGUGCAUUCCGCAACACCGUCCUCCGGUGCCAUCCGGUCACGCUGUGCCUGGCAAGCCUCAACUCCUGCCUGGACCCCAUCAUCCACUAUUUCACCACCAACGAAUUUAGGAGGCGGCUCUCCAGGCCUGAGCUCCCGGACAGUUUCCAGUUGCGCUUCCUGUUGCGCAGUCUGAGCUGGGGCACUGAGGACACAGCCUCACAAUCAGAGCUGGGGCACUGAAGACACAGCCUCACAAUCAGAGCUGGGGCACUGAAGACACAGCCUCACAAUCAGAGCUGGGGCACUGAAGACACAGCCUCACAAUCAGAGCUGGGGCACUGAAGACACAGCCUCACAAUCAGAGCUGGGGCACUGAGGACACAGCUCCAUAACCAGGCAGUGGUUUCUGUGGACAUGCCUCCAGAAUCAGAGCCAGGGGACUGAGGAUGCAUCCCCACAAUCAGAGCUGGGGCACUACGGACACCCACAAUUAACAGAAUUUGAUGACUCUGAUGUUACCAAUCUCACAGAUGCAGGAUACAAAUAGCUGGAGAGCACAACCAUUAAUAUGUCCCUUUGAUGCACUCAAAUAAAUCGUGGAAACAUGUUGUGGAACUAACUGAAAACUAUGUGAACAGUUAAAAAAUUUAC